AUGCAAAUGGUCAAGGAUGUUCUAGCCAACAGUGAUAAAGUUUCAGAGGUCCUACAAGAGUCUACUCAUCAGUUCAACCUGCUUACUUCACCCACCUUCCUACCAAAGGUCAAGGAUCAAGGGAAAUUCACUCUCCCUUGCACACUUGGGCAUCUUGAGAUUGACAAUGCCUUAGUGGAUUCUGGAGCAAGCAUCAAUCUGAUCUCUCUCUCCAUGGCAGAGAAGCUAGGCAUAGCUGGAGCCUUGCAGCGCCCUACUACUUCAAUCAUCUUUGGAGAUGCAACUACUAAGUCUCCUCUUGGAGUGUUCAAGAACUAUCACUUGAAAAUUGGAGAAUGCAUCAUCCAAACUGAUCUCACUGUGAUGGAAAUGGAAGAAGAGAAGGAUUUGCCUUGUUAUUGGGAACCCCUUUCCUUACCUAGAGGUUCAGACUUUUGUGCCACAAUUGACAGUACCAAUCUCAGUUCUAAGAGUCAUGGAGCUACAAAGGUUGUGAAGGAAAGGGUUGACAAGGAACCAAGAGUUGGGAAGGAUAAGGAUGAGAGAGGACCAAGGAUUGAGAAGCCACGUCUUGAGAGGGCUAGAGUUGAGAAACCACGAUCUGAUAGGCCAAGAGCUGAGCGACUUGUUCAAGCCCCUUGUGUGCUUGAUGAAGAGAGCCUUCAAGCUUUGUUUGAUGAGCCACUAGGAAGGGCUCUACAAGAAGGGGAGGAUGCAGCCUCUAAGGCAAGACCAGGAGAUAAAAGAAAGGAUCCACCAGCUCAGGCCCCUUCAGUCAAGCCAUCUCAGCUCACAAUGACUUUGUUCCCCACCAAGUUUGAAAAUGGGAAGAUUGAGUACAAGAUAAGGUACAAGGGGAGAUCAAGGCCAUUCUCUAGAGCCAAGGCCUUGGUGACUUCAGAACAGUCCAGGGACCCAACCAAGCUAAAGGAGCUUCUGUCUCAAGUCCUCACUAUCACCCUUGAUGGUGGGACUAGCUCAACCAAUGCCUAA